AUGGAUCCGACGACACAAGAUACUCGACCACCCAACGAGCUACCUUCAAGAGUGGAAGUACCAGGUAGUCAACUUGAACGCACUGAACCUUGCCAGGCAAAUUACCAAGAAAACGGAAGAAUGAGCGAGAAGCAGUUGAAUCCGUCAAUGAAUACUACAGUUGGCGAAAGGUCCAAUUUGGGUACAAGCAGUCCGGUGCCUUGCAACGAGAUGCCUCAUGGUGCUUUCAAGUGGCCCAAGUGGACAAAUACCCGCGGAGGCCGCCCCGUGCGGUUGGAGGAUGAGAUUCAUGUAGCGAUUCACAUUGCGAAUAUUAUCUCCCGUCAACGAUAUAUCAUUGAGCUGUGCAAGGCGCUGAUGAAGUUCGGUGCUCCAAUGCAUCGGCUGGAGGAACACAUGCAAAUGACAGCAACAGUUCUGGAGGUGGAAAGCCAAUAUUUAUAUGUGCCCGGAUGCAUGAUCAUGUCCUUUGAUGAUCCAACGACGCGAACAACGGAGGUGAAACUGGUACGAGUGGAACAAGGGAUCAAUCUAGGUCUUCUUGCUGACACCCACGAUGUGUAUAAGAAUGUGGUCCACGACGUCAUCGGAGUCGAAGAGGCCACCAGCGAGCUGGAGAAGAUUCUGGGUUCUAAUCCUCGCUUUAACAAAUGGAUCAUCGUGUUGAUGUACGGACUGGCUUCAGCUAUGGUUGGUCCCUUCGCAUUCAACGCCCGACCAAUUGACAUGCCGAUCAUUUUCUUGAAUGGCACCUUUCUUGGAGUUUUACACCACAUAAUCGCGCCACGUUCCGUGCUAUACACCAAUGUAUUUGAGGUGACUGCCUCGGUCUUCACCUCUUUCAUUGCACGUGGCAUUGGAAGUAUUGAAGGGGAUGCACCUGAUGGUAACCGGGAGUACCUCUUCUGCUUCUCUGCAAUCGCUCAAUCAUCCAUUGCGCUCAUUCUUCCUGGAUACACCGUGCUCAGCAGUAGUUUGGAGCUACAGUCUCAUCAGCUUGUAGCUGGAUCCAUUCGCAUGGUCUAUGCUAUCAUCUACUCCCUUUUCCUCGGAUACGGUGUUACUGUGGGUACUACAAUCUACGGCCUAAUCGACCCUGGGGCGACAUCUGGCCUGACAUGCCCGAACACUGGAGACUGGACCAACGAAUAUGCGCCACGAUUCCCGUUUGUGGCAGCGUUUGUGUUAUGUUUAUUAGUGAUCAGUCAGGGCCGAUGGAACCAAGCACCAAUCAUGUUGUUCAUCGCGGAAGCUGGCUACGUUGUCACGUACUUUGUCACGCAGCGCAUUGGCUCCAGCACUCAGGUGGCUAAUACUGUCGGUGCCUUUACCAUUGGCGUCAUGGGCAACCUCUACAGUCGCCUGUGGCAUGGCCAUGCUGCAACAUCGAUUCUACCGGGGAUAUUUGUCUUAGUCCCGUCCGGCUUGGCGGCCUCGGGGCCUCUUCUGAGUGGCAUCAAAUCAGCGGACGAGACCAGAAAUAACUUAUCCGCCGCCAUCAAUCAUAGUGCCUAUACCGAGUAUGCGGUGGAGUCGUCCCAAGUCUAUACAGCAGACUUGGGAUUUGGAAUGGUUGAGGUAUCGAUUGGAAUCACUGUGGGAUUGUUCCUCGCGGCUCUGUUGAUCUAUCCGUUUGGAAAGAGACGAAGUGGAUUGUUUAGCUUCUAG